AUGGAGAAAGCCCCUGAAAAGUCUGUCAGCUUUUCCAACAAUGGCCAUAAAAAGACCAACUCUGCAGGCCGAGAUCACUUGGACGUCGUCGACGGCAGAUCAGACGGGGAUCAUCAAAAUGCCGAGGACCCACCACCGGAUCACGUGAUGGAGGAGGUGGAACGAUUUGUCGACGCAUUGUCUUCCGCGGAGGACAAAUCCAAUCCCCCGGAGAUUCCACCCGCUGCGGAGUCGUUACCUAAAAUGGUAGAUUCGAUGAUCUCCAAAUUUGAUUCUAAAGACUCUUCCUGCAGAUUUGGUCAAAACAAAGACGAAGAUUCUGCAUUUGUAGAUGCCCUUAAUCGUCUCUCAAAGUUGGCAAAUAAACUAUCUGCCUUUCCUUCCAAUUCUCCUCUCGCCCAUUGCCUGAACCGAUCCAGCUCCGUCUUGCACCGCGCCAUGACUUUCUUGGACGACCAGUUCCGUUCCAUUCUCAAUAAUUCCAAGCGCAAUAACACUCUCAAUAACCUUUUGGAUCCCAAGACCCCAAAGUCCCACAAGCAACAGUCUUUCAAGGAUUCAGAUUGUUGUGUAACAGUUGAACCAGGCUCCAACAAGCUCGAGGAUUUUCCAGCUUUCUCUCAGGAAGCAAUAUCCACCAUGAACAAGAUCACCAGGGCCAUGAUCCCUGCCGGCUACGAAGCAGAAUGUUGUCUCUUAUACGGAAACCUCAGACGACAAGCCUUCCAAGACGAGCUGACCAAGUUGGGUUUCGACAACAUUAACGCUGAGGAUGUCCAGAGAAUGCAAUGGGAGCCCCUCGAGGAAGAGAUCACCAUGUGGAUUAAUAUCGUCAAGCAUUGCGCCUCCACCCUCUUCGCCGCCGAGCGGAAGCUCUGCGAUGCAGUCUUCUCUGAUUUCCCUUGGCUUCCGAAAAGAUUGUUCGGCGAGAUCGCCGCGUCGGUGGUGAUGCGGUCACUCAACUUCUCAGGAGCCGUUGUGCUUACGAAGCGGUCAACUGAGAAGCUGUUCAAGUUUCUGGACAUGUACGAGACACUGCGGGAUUUGGUGGUGGCGAUAGAUGGAUCUGAUUCCGGAGACGCAUCCCAAGAAUUGAUAAACGAGAUCUCAGUGGCGCAAUCUAGGCUGGGUGAGGCUGCGGUGAGUAUUUUCUGUGAGCUUGAGAAUUCGAUCAGCUGCGACCAGGGAAGGACUCCGGUGCCCAGUGGUGCAGUUCAUCCCUUGACUCGCUACACCAUGAAUUAUCUCGAGUACGCCUGUGAAUACAAGGACACCUUGGAGCAGGUAUUUCGAAAUCACAGAAAAAUGGAGGGAGAUUCAGAGCAAUCCAACAGUAGCUACGAAGCAAAGAACAGAAGAGGGGGCGACGACGCCCAUGACGAGGGGGCCCAAGAAAUGUCACCAUUUGCAACAGAAUUGAUGACUGUGAUGGAUCUGCUGGACGCAAAUCUUGACAUGAAGUCGAAACUUUACAGGGACCCAGCAUUACGUUACAUAUUCUUGAUGAACAACGGAAGAUAUAUAUUGCAGAAGAUCAAAGGGUCGAGUGAGAUCUACGAAAUGAUCGGCCCGGCAUGGACAAGAAAGAGAUCUUCGGACAUGAGGAUGUACCACAAGAACUACCAAAGGGAAACGUGGAGUAGGGUGUUACAGUGCAUGAGCCAUGAAGGGUUGCAGGUGAGCGGGAAGGUGGCAAAACCUGUGUUAAAAGAGAGAUUCAAAUGCUUCAACGCCUUGUUUGAAGAGAUUCACAAGACGCAGAGCACGUGGGUGGUGAGCGACGAGCAGCUCCAAUCUGAGCUGCGGGUGUCCAUAUCGGCAGUGGUGAUUCCGGCUUACAGAUCGUUUCUGGGAAGAUUCAAACAACAUCUGGACGCGAGUAGACAGGCGGAUAAGUAUAUUAGGUAUCAACCUGAGGAUAUUGAGACGUUGAUUGAUGAAUUAUUUGAUGGAAACCCAGCUUCCAUGGGAAGAAGAAAAACAUGA